AUGGGUGUAGCGGUGCCCACACCCACCAUCACACCUGCACCCAUUGUUGAGCGACAAGACCCCAAUGCCAUCGAGCUCGCAAAGGUGCUACUCACUGCACUCCCUGCAUCAUUACGUCAGCUUGCUGCAACCAAUCUACCCGCGGUAUCGACCCUUCUAUGGCACGAGUUCCUGGACGACAACAAGCCAGAUUGGUUCAGAGACCUGCCCGAGAACAUACAAAGCUACCUAAUCGUGGAGUACGGACCAUCAACAGCAUGGCCAGCUGCAUCAGCUACGUCGAGUGCCGGCAGUGCUUCCUCCACAGCCUCGUCGAGCGAACCCUCGUCCGUAGCUGCAUCCGCCACGUCUUCAUUUGCCUCCAGUCCUGACAGCCAACCUGCAAGUAGCUCUGGACUCACAGAGGGCCAGAAGAUUGGAAUCGGUAUCGGUGUUCCACUCGGAUUCCUUGCGGUUGCUGCUGUUUUAAUCCCGCUCUGCUUCGCGUGUCGCAAAAAGAAGAAGAAGAAGGUCAGCGGCUACGAGCCACCGCCGUCGCCAGGGUUCAUGCCGCACGGUGCGUUCCAGGAGAAGUUCACGAGCUAUCAGGAAUACCGUCGGCCGCUGAACAACCCAACCCUCAACCGCAGCCAGAGCUGGGACCAGGAUGACGAGCUCUGGAUGUCGGAGGCGUCUCAGCAUCGAGCGCAAGCCGGCAUGCCCGCCGCGCCGAUGGGAGAUUCAACCAUCGUCGUUGGUCCUGCGCUGGUCCACACGCACAGCUCCAACCGUGCACGGGGGAAGCGAACCAGCUACAACAGCCUCCACCCCGUCGCCGAAGUGGGAGAGCCCGAAGAUGAGUAUGUAGCAUACAAACCCCACAAACGCAUGGUCAGGCGAUGCAGCAUGGCCCUCCGACCCCAAUAUCUCCCUCCUACCCCAGCCUCUGCUAGCAUCCACCGCAAACCCAUCCCUCGGGUCGAAAGCCCAGUGACGAGUCCCGGCGCAGACCGCACAUCCGGGCACUUCUCGCUCCUCCGGCCUGCCCUACUCGACCAAAACCACAGCGGCAGCAGCUCGAGCCAGGUCGCACCCACGCUGUCUUCACGCGGGGACUCGCGCCGGUCGAGCGACAUGACAGACGCCACGUCCCCAGGCUCCCCCUUGUCCUCAUCACCCAUGCACGUCCAUGAAAACCAGGCAGCGAACCCAUUCAGCAACGAGCAUGCGUACGUCGAGGACUACGGCCCCGAGUACGCAAGCGGGCACGCCAAGGUCGACGACGGAAUGUUGGGAGGCCACCGAAGCCUCGAAGCGUAUCCGGCGCCGGCGGCGGAGAAGAAGAGCCAACGACGCGGCAGCAAGACGGAGUGGCCGCUCAAGGACUGGCCGUUGAAGAGCCUGGGCAGCCGGCGCAGCGGGGAGCGAGGUCCGCAGUGGGAUCGCGUGUACGAGCGAUGA